UGAGAAAUGGGCUUCUUUUAUCGUUGAGUUUUCCUUCUUGCAAGUGAAUUCACUGGGGAAAAGUCAACGACGUCCUCUGGUUUUGAAGCCAACCAAGCGGCGGCCCGGCCGCUUGCCUGUUGGUUCCACGCUCGUUCCUCUUUUUCCCCCUCCUUCGCUGAGCGCGAAUCGUGGUUCUUGGCUUCUUUCAUGGCUAAUCCUCAUCUUCGCGCUCUACUACGGUGGCGCAAGUGGGCCAAGAAGGACUGGGCAAUAGCCGCUGUUGGCUUCACUCUCACUGUCGUCUUUGCACUUUCUCUCAUCUCAGAUUCCCGGCGAAGGGUGAAUGGUUCCGUAACCAACCCCUCGUUCGGUCUAAGCCAAAAUGAUGAUCUCGUCGAUCUGACCCUUCUUCGAAAUGCUAAAGAUAGAGGCGCUUUUUGCUUGGAUGGGAGCUUGCCGGGAUACCAUUUCCAAAAGGGGUUUGGAUCCGGCUCUAACAAUUGGCUACUUCACAUUGAGGGAGGAGGUUGGUGUAAUACGAUGUCUUCGUGUUCUCAGCGAAAAAUGACUGCUUUGGGAUCCUCAAAAUAUAUGGAUAGACAAAUUCGUUUCUCGGGAAUCUUAAGCUCUGACCCUGCGCAGAAUCCUGAUUUCUUUAGCUGGAACAAGGUUAAGAUACGUUAUUGUGAUGGUGCGUCCCUCGCUGGUCAUCCAGAAAACGAGAUUAAGAAAGGAAAUAAAUUAUUCUUCAGAGGUCAGCUCAUAUGGGAAGCACUUAUCGAUGAACUCUUGUCAAUUGGCCUGUCUGAAGCCAAAGAGGCUCUGCUUUCAGGAUGCUCUGCUGGAGGAUUGGCAACUCUAAUACAUUGUGAUGCCUUUCGAGGACUUCUUCCAAAGGAAGCAACUGUAAAGUGUCUUGCUGAUGCGAGCUUCUUCCUUGAUGAGAAGGAUAUUCUUGGCAAUAACACCAUGAGAUCCUUCUAUCAUGAUGUUUUCCAGCUUCAGAGUGUUAUGAGGAGCUUGCACAGAGACUGCACUACUGCUAUGGAACCAUCUAGGUGUUUCUUUCCAGCUGAAAUUAUGAAAAGGCUGCAGACUCCUGUGUUCCUAGUCCAGCCAGCUUAUGACUUCUGGCAGAUACAAAAUGUUCUGGUACCGGAAGGGUCGGAUCCUCAAGGCCACUGGAAAAGAUGCAGAUUGAGCAUUUCCAAUUGUGAUACUGAUCAGAUGGAUAUUCUUCAAGGUUUCCGAAAUUCUUUUCUGAAGUCCUUGAGUGAAUUCCGCCCUCGAAGGGAGGUGGGACAGUUCAUAAAUUCUUGUUUUACUCAUUGCCAGACUUGGAUGUCUGAGACGUGGCAUUCAGCCAGUUCUCCUAAAAUAAACAAGAAGACCAUAGCUGUAGCGGUUGCUGACUGGUUUUUUGACAGAGAAGUGGUGAAACAAAUCGACUGCCCAUAUCCAUGCAAUCCCACUUGCCAUAAUAUGGAUUUCACUGCAAUAUACUAAAAUUUAGGACCUCGGUCUUCUUUGGCUAUUCUAUCUUGGAUUGGCUAUCUAGUUCACGAAGAUAUAUUUUCAUUCAUUUCAUGUUCUCAGCAUGAUCUUGGGCUUUAUAUCGAAAUGGAGCUAGAGAAGAUGAUGCGGACAGUUGAUAUUACUCGAAUGCAUGAAAUGGAAUCACCUCUCCUCUUACAUGCAGCUUGAAGUGUCUCACUUUACCACAUCAGAAGUUCUGCGAUCAAAUUCUCUGUUGUUUUUGGUGCUACUGGCGGCAAUCAGGUUUAAACAUUGUAGAAAUUACCAUAAUCUCGCACCACUACUAGAUCAAAGCAAGUGGCUUACUGUACCAUUACUUUCAAAUCUUUUGAUUUAUGACAAUUCAGUUUCUGUUAGGAUUCUCAUAUACAUUACUGUGUUGAUACAGUGGUUUUUUCCUUUUUCUUUGUUUCUUAAAUAUCUUAAAAUUUAGAUCAAUAUCCUAAGUUAUACACAAUUCUUUCGUUUACAUUUGUCAAUCGGCGCUUGCUUUA